CCCCGGCUCCCGCGAAUCAAGGACGGCACAACCGGUCCGCGGCGUGACGAGAUUCUGCAGUUGUCAUGGAUUGACAUUCUCCGGGACUUCGCCGUUCAGGAGAGGGGGUGGACAUACUGGAAGCCGCGGUGGUUCUGUGGAAGAGCUGCCAGGAGUGGUCCAGUGUGGACAAAGGUGGGCGUUAGGCCCUCCGCCGGUUGCGCCUGUAAGAACAUCUUUCUCCAUGUCGCAUCUGGAACAGCGGCAAAACGGUCCCCGAGGAAAGAAAGGAAUCCCUUCUGCCCCCCUUUCCAGGGUCAAGCUUUGUGGUUGCGUGAGAAUGUCGAACCAGACAAUGGUCUGAAAGAUUCGCAAAAGGCGCAGCCGCCACUACCACUACCACGACCUCACCCAUCUGCAGGAUGGGCAUACGAAGAGGGGGAGAAACCCAUCUCGAAUCCUUCGGCAAUUAAUUUCAGCCCCCAAUGCUGCUCAUCUCUGUCCGGUAUCAUGUCUCUACCCGAGCCGUUGACUGCGAGGCUACAACCAAUGGCCGUAACGAUUGCUCCGGCCGUGUCAAAAGCCGCUGCUGGUGUGCGCGCUCUCGCUACGCCUCUGUGGGGAUAA